CUUUGAUUAACUCUGGGACCCACCUCACGACAGUUACCGUGCCGUAUAUUACCAUAUUUACGCCUUCCGGCAUUACACGGACCAUCCUUGCCGGAACGCUCCGAACCUUGAGCUGAUAUUUGAACUUGUCGUUCUUUGUGCUGACAAGGACCUAUGACUCACUUUCUUCCCGCUGCCCUUUUCCUACUUAUGUAAUCUGGCAUUGGCUUGCUUCUACCAAUAAGCAUAUUAACCUAUCCUUCGCUUCUCUGACCUAUUCAUCACUUGUCCUCCCAUCCCCCCUUUCCCUGACCAUGGGUCGCACCGCCCUAUUUGUGAUCGAUAUUCAGGCCGAUCUAGCCCAGAAUCCUCAAACUGAAAUUCCUCAUGCUGCUCGAAUCCGAGAUGUCGGGACCGUUAUUCUUUCAAAGGCACGAACAGCUAUAGACAAUGAACUUAGUCGCGGCCUGGACGCUAGACUUAGUAUAAUCAUCGUCCAACACCAUGAGACCCCUGAAAAUGGCUCUUUGGUGAAAGGCAGUAAGCCAUGGGAGCUAGUUUUCAAACCGCGCAAUGAAGCAGAGAGGGUUGUGGAGAAGACUACCAGGAACACGUUCGAGUCCAACCAGCAACUCGCGGAUCAGCUAAAAGCUGAAGGGAUUGAAGAGAUUGUGGCUUUUGGAAUUCAGAGUGAAUGUUGCGUUCAAUCAACCUGUGAGGGGGCAUUAGCUGCUGGCUUCAAAGUUAAGUUGCUGCAGGGAGCCCAUUCGACUUAUAACAUAGGAAGUCAGAAGGCAGAGGAGAUUGAGCGGGAGGUUGAAGAAAAGCUCCGCAAAGAAGGUGCGGAAAUUACUCCUUGGGAUACAUGGCAUCCUUGACACAGAUCAAGGAUAGCCGAAGCCGAAGUCUGUCCUAGUCAUAGACAGUGCAGUUAUGUAUCAACACCAGAUUCAAGUUUAGAGAGAUCGGGGUGGGGCGCUGGGAGAGAGCGCGAGGAUAAUGUGUUUUCUUUGAGUUCUACGGUUACCAUCGGCUCGACUGUCAGCCCGAACCGACUGUAUUCAGCGGAGCACGUCUCUGAACUGCACCCAAUUCGAGGCUAGCGUCUGGGACAUGGUGAAGCUGGUUUUGCACAUCUCUGUACACGUCAAGAGUCAUAAGUUGGGAAGUUGGGCAUGAUACCGGAACUCUGAAGUUCUCUAAGAAUUUGUAUUCGACAAAUGUACAGUGUAGGUGUAUUACAACACCUCGAUUGUCAGGCCGGCAUUCCGGAAAUGCCUUUCGGCGCUUUGUUUCCUCGCACCCACAGUUUCAACACACCACUCAAGGAAGAAAUCAAAGCCUUGGUCGGGGUUGUCUUCGUAGGUUUGUCAAUGCCUUUUAAUAAAGGCUUUUAACUCCGCGAAGAGCUCUUUAAUUGGAUUCAUGUCGGGUGAGUACAGGGAUGAAUAUAUAAGCUUAAUUUCUGCUUGUGUGCAU